AUGAGCUUCAAAGGCAAAGUCGUUUUAGUCACCGGCUCCAGUUCGGGAAUCGGCGCUUCCACCGUAAUUGAGUUCGCUAAAGAGGGAGCCCAUGUCGUCAUAGUGGGAAGGAACGAGGCAAAACUUAAAAUUGUACGCGAAAAAUGCGAACAGCUCGGCUGGAAGCCGCUCGUCAUCAAAGCGGACGUUUCGAAGGACGAAGACGGUAAAAAAAUCAUCGACGAGACCGUAAAGAUGUUCGGAAGGAUCGACGUAUUGGUCAACAAUGCGGGCAUUGCCGAAAACGUCGACAUAACGAGCGAGAACUUCAUGGAGGGCUACGACCGAAUCAUAAACGUGAAUCUUCGCGGAGUGGUAUACAUUACCCACCGUGCUAUACCGCACCUCAUCAAGACGAAAGGGAACAUCAUUAACAUAUCAAGCGUGGCUGGCCUUGGUACAAUCGGUGCCCCCGACAUAAUACCGUACUGUGUGUCGAAGGCUGGACUCAACCAUUUUACUCGGAGCUCUGCGCUGAAACUAUCCAGCUAUGGUGUCAGGGUCAACACAGUUAGUCCAGGGCCAGUUCGAACAGAUAUUAUAAAUCACCCCUCGAUGCAACAAAGGACGUGGGAACAAAUGGCAGAGGCGACUUCUUUAAAACGUGUGAGUGACCCCGAAGAGAUUGCAGAAUUAAUUGUAUACCUAGCCAGCGAUAAAGCGAAGGGUAUCACAGGUUCUAAUUUUGUAUCAGACAACGGCAUGUUAAUAAAAAAC